AUGUGUAUAAGAGACAGGGCAGAUAUUGCACAAGACAACUCACAAGAGUAUCCUACCGUCAAUUGCACCUACAUCUCAGGACAUACCUUCAGAUUUGGAAACUAUUCUGUAGAUUGUACUGCUACAGAUGCUGCAGGGAAUUACGCUGUUCACACAUUUCAUGUGGCAAUAAUAGACGAAGAAAUUCCCUCAUUUCUCAGUCAACCUGAAGACAUUCUAGUUGAAACGGAUCCCUGGCAACCGUAUGCACAUAUAGAUUGGGCUCUCCCAAGCGUGUUCGAUAACUCCAUGGAAGAAGUGUUCAUCAAUUCUACUCAUCAUCCUAACACGACAUUUCCUAUCGGAGUAACCACAGUUACCUAUUGGGCAUUCGACUUAUUCAAGAACGUCAAUACAUUUUCAUUCAAUAUAACUGUAAUAGAUAUGGAAUAUCCGGUAUUCUACAACUUAACUCAAAAUAUAAGUGUUCUGACUGAGGAGCGUGUACAUUAUGCGCAUGUCAGCUGGGAUAUUGUUGAUGUAUGGGACAAUUCUGGUGAACCGCUAAAUAUUACGUCAGACUAUCAUCCCGGCGAUAUAUUCUAUGUCGGCGAAACAUGGGUGACAUAUACAGCUAUUGACAAAUCAGGAAAUAUCGAUAUGUAUUCUUUUAGUAUUCUUGUCAUAGACAAAGAACUCCCAGAGGUUAUAUACUGCCCUCCCGAUAUAACCAUUGAGACAUGGUACCGGUCUCCUUAUGUUAACGUAACAUGGACGUCACCAAAUAUCACAGACAAUGUUGGUGUUUUAGAAAUCGUAUCGAACUACCAUUCAGGAUAUGUGUUCCACCUCGGAGUAACAACAGUUGUCUACAAUGCAACAGACACAGCUUUUAACUUUAACCAUUGCCAUUUUAAUAUAACUGUUAUAGAUGUUGAGAAGCCCUACUUUGAAAAUUGUUCCUUGGACAUUGCGGUACCAAACAUUCCCGGAUCAGCAUAUUCUAAUGUAACUUGGACAAUACCGACAGCCUACGAUAACUCUCAAAUCCCUCCUCAUGUUACCUCGGACGCUGAUUCCGGUGAUGUCUUUCCACUGUACGAUACUAUUGUAACAUAUACAGCAGUCGAUGAAAGUAACAAUGUCGAGUUGUGCCGUUUCAAAGUCACUGAUAAUAGGUACGCAAUUAAUGUUGAUUUACCGUAUUUUACCAAUUUCACCGAUGAUGUUCAAGUAUUCCUCGACUCAAUUCAUUCAAACGUAACAGUUGAUUGGGACCCACCAUAUCCGGCCGACAAUUCGGGAGUAUUACCCCUCCUUGAAUCAACUCAUCAACCUGGGGAUACGUUCCAAGUCGGCGUUACUAUGGUAACGUAUACAGCUACUGACGAAACAGGAAACACGAUGAUACACACAUUUACAGUCAAGAUACGAGUUGCCUUUACAGAUCUAAAGACAAUUUUAUUCAACGGAACAGACGAUGUGGACAUUUUACAAGUAUCAGCCAUUGCCGUUGACAGAGGAAAAGGCCGCGAUCUUACUGACAACGAAAUCGACGAUUUAGAAGUAAUGUUGCUAUCAAUGUCAUCAGCGUCUGAGGAUGUAGGGAAUAGGGAGCCAAAGGUUAUGACAGAGGAAAUAAUUAACGUGACAACUACAGUUAUCGAUCGCAAAAAGAACAUGGUUCAUCAGAUUGAUCUAGUUUUAGCAUCCGAGAUUCUUUUAAAGGAAAUCGUGACAAGGCAAACAAACACAACCUUGAAAAAAUCAUCUAAAACAGUUGCAUCUAACAUCGAACCAGUGGAGAAUGCAAUUUGGUCUUUCCAUUUUCAGGCCAAAGAAAAGAAGUUGGACUCAUCGAGGGACAAUUCCAAAAAAGCUAAAAAUAAUGCCAAAGGAUUUGUGAGAGUAGAUCCAAGCUCGGCAAAAAAUGUUCCAGAAAGUGCAGCGAUUAUCGUAACAUAUUAUGACAAAGUACUCUUUGAAGAAAGUGAAGGAGAUGAGAAAUCGGAUGUAACUUUCCAACCAGAAGC